AUGGGUCUCUUCAACUUCCUACGCGACCACACCCCGCCCCCACUGUACCAACAUGGCAAGCUUGGCGAACCAGGCUAUCAGUUGUCCACCGUACGGCCCAGGAACCCAGAUCCUACUGCUCGUGAGAGCAGUAACUAUAGCUCAAACCGAAAAGAUUUAUUCAAGGCGGAAAUGUUUCCAAUGACAUCAUCUUUGCAAGCGCCAAAUAGAAGAAACUCAACGGGCAACGCCUCUGGGUUCGGUUCUGCUGUUGUAGGCCCACAACGUGGCGAGGAAGCCAUGCAGGAACUCCUGGGACAGAUGAAUGAGAGAAGAAGUGGUCAUCGUUCAGGGGCGUCUGGUAACUUUCCGGGACCUGAAAAUCGAGGAAUAGACCCCGGCUUUUUUCGACAGCCCAAGCCUAGAAGGACCGGCCGUUCCAGAGAUUCAUUCAUGCAAGGGCCUAUGGGCAUGGAUAGAGGAGGUGGAGGUGGAGGAGGGGCGAGGCUUGAUGGCGUUGGAAAUUCGCAUCCCGCUUGGAAUAUGGAUCACGUAAAUGGAAGUGGUGGUACAGGUAGCCAGAGAGGACGAGGACCGACAGGUGGUCCUGGUGGUAUGGGCGGAUUCGAGGCCAUGGGGGGUAUAGGUUUCGGGCGUGGAGGCAUGGAUGGAUUCGAAGGCACAGGUCAUAGGCGUUGA